CGGAUACCUAAAAAUAGACGAUAAACUAUUUAUAGAGCCAUACACAGAAAUCAAACAGAAAGUAAAUGUUGUUAAUAACUGUUUGCAGAAAAAAGUUAAUAUUUUUACAAACACGGACUUUUCGGAAAUAUACAUCUAUAUCAGGUGAAAAAUGGAGGACUGCUGUGGCCCCGAGCCUAUGAGUUCGCUGUCCGCUUUGAAUAGUAUUACGUGUACCCUGGACACUCCAGAAAUUCCCAAACUUAUUGAGCUGUAUAGACCACUAAUCGUACAAUGUGUAAGUGGAUUGGAACUAGUGUCUCAUCUCAGUGAUGUCAUCGACCCCAGGGGUCGUCAAGAAGUUCGCCAAACUGGUAAAAACUGCGGGAGCAUUCAAUCGAUGGACUGCCUUUUGAAUUUGUUACUGGAUAGUGAAAAGCCAAAUAAAUGGAACAAAUUUGUAGAAGCUCUAGAAGCAAAUGAAUACAGAUAUGUUGCGAGGGCAUUGAAAGGAGGGGAAGUAAAAAGUGAUGUUUUCAAAAAGUACAGAAAACUAUUAUUGAGACAUAACGCCAAACUAGUUCAUCGAUUAGACCCCAGUAAUCUUCUUCCAGACCUGUCAAGUCGAGGGUUACUGAACAAUGUUGAUAUAGAGGAGAUUCAGGCAGAGAUGAACAACCAUGGAAAAAUAGCCGGUACCACGGUGCUCCUAGACAGAGUGUGGAAACGACACGAUGAUUGGUACCAUGGACUUCUGGAAGUUUUGUGUUCUGCAGGGCAUCUUACAAUAGUGGAAAAUAUGGACAUCGAAUUUGCUCAAUCCUGGAAAUCACAGAAUGAGAGUGACACAAGGACAUCAUUUGGUACGUCUGCAAUGAAACCCAUAUCUAUCCUGGAGGACUACACAUCAGAUUCAGGUCCACCUCAAAAUUCCUUUGCAAAUCAAUCAAUCCCGCCUGCCGAUCUAUCAAUUUCGGAAGAGAGUGAACUUACUCUGGAUUCAAUGCUCUCGAACUGCGAUUUAGAAGAAGAGGACCAAAUAAAACGCGAAAAAAGGGAAGCUCAAGAUAACUUUCAACGCCAAUAUCAGGCAAAUUCUAAAAGCAAGUCACAUGCGAAAGAAUCCCUACCAGAUUUAGCCCUCCCUGUAGGAAAAAUGCCUAUGCCAUACUCUCUCUCUAAUAGUGAUACACCUUUAGGAAGAGAGAUUUCCUCUAUGAGUGAUCGACCAUCGGGAACAGAUUUUACUUCCGUGAGUGGGGAAUACUCCGGUAAUUUAAGUAGUAUCCAUUCAUCCACUGUUGACAAGUUGUUAGAUAGCAUUGGAAACAGUGUAGACGACAUUAUUCAGAGAGAAGGAGGCUCCCGUCCGAACAUCGUUGGACCAGAAUUAGAUGUACAGUCCGUGGAUGGUAACAAUUCAGACAGUUCAAGCGAUGAAGAUGCCAUACCUGCUAAACAACUCCAGUUGAGAAAUUACCAGUUAGAACUAGCCAGAGCAGCUCUCGAUGAUAAAAACUGCAUCAUAGUUGCUCCAACAGGGAGCGGAAAAACUCACGUUGCCAUGAAAAUAAUCCAGAAUCACAGAGAAAAACGUAGGCGUCUACAUAUCACAAAAGUGGCCUUCCUUGUGGAACAAAGUGCCCUUGCUGAACAGCAGGGGAAAGUCUGUAAAGAGUUCUUAGCCUGUAAAGUGAAAGUCAUCACUGGAGAAAAACAGAGAACUGAAAGUCUUCAAAAUUUGUCCUGUUGGAUACAACAGAAAGAUAUCCUUGUAAUCACCUCUCAAAUUUUGGUCAACGCAUUAGCGGUCGGAGACGUUCGGAUUGAGGACUUUUCUUUGAUAAUAUUUGAUGAGUGUCACCACUCUCAUGCAAAGCAUCCUUAUAACCAAAUCAUGUCACAUUAUCUGGAUUUGAAACUUGAAGACAGACACAAACAACUUCCUCAGAUUGUUGGCUUGACGGCAUCUGUGGGUGUCGGAAAGGCCAAAAAUGAGGAGAAAGCAAUGGAGUGGAUAUACAGCAUGAUGGCUAAUAUGGAUGCUGAAGAACUAAGUGUAGUGGAAGAUAAUAGGACAGAAUUAGCACAACAUGUCAAUAUUCCCGAGCAAUACGUAAAGAAAACACCCCACAGAAAGAAAAAUGACUUUGGAAGAACCAUUGAAGGGAUCAUGGCAGCUAUACAGAAAUGGAUGAUCAAUUCGAAACAUUCAACACAGUUGGGAGACCAAUCCAUUUUAAAGCCACCUGCUGCUAGAGGCAAUGACCAGUACACACAGUGGCUAAGCCGUCUAUGGAAAGAGGAGGCCAAAAUAGUGGACGAGAAAGCAAGGCGUUUCAUCCAUACCUGCCGGGUCUACCUGGAUAUGUACAACAAAGCACUGAUCAUUUACACCGACGCUCGAGCCUCGGACUCUCUAGCAUUCAUCAGAGAAGAGCUGAAAAAGUGGGAUGAACAUCUCAUCGCAGACGACACUGACAAAAAGCUGAAGUCAUUCUUUGAAAAGAGUCAGGCAAAUUUGCAAAUAAAUGCAGAUGACCCAAAUCACGACAACCCAAAACUCCUUGAACUACAAAAACUGGUUAUAAAUGCUUUUGCAACUGUGCCAGAUUCCCGUGGAAUUAUCUUUGUGAGAACACGAGAUCUAGUGAAAGCAAUCCAUCGCUGGAUGGAAGAGACGGAAGACCUUCGACAAUUCAAACCAGUCAUGUUCACUGGUGCCCAAGCGAAAUGCAACGCAGGAGGGAUGACUAAAGUUCAACAAACUGAUGCCUUGACAUUGUUCAAAGAUGGCAAACACAAGAUUGUAAUUGCAACGUCAGUAGCAGAAGAGGGGUUAGAUAUUCAGAAAUGCAACCUCGUCAUUCGGUACUCAUACGUCAGCAACGAGAUCGCUAUGGUUCAAGCAAGAGGAAGAGGAAGAAGAGAGAAUGGAAAAUACUACGUUGUAGCAGCACAAGGCGACAAAACAGCAGAGAGGGAGGAAUUGAACAUGAUCCGCGAAGCCAUGAUGAACCGUGCAAUAGAAAUGCUGAGGGAAAAGUUCCGUACAAACCGCAGAAAGUGCAUGGAUAUAAUUCUAUUUAUGCAGAAGAAAUCCAAAACUGAGCGCGAUCUUGCUGCACAGAAUAAAGAUGGUCAAAUUGUUCGCCAAGGGGAAUACGUUUUACGGUGUGAGAAGUGCAGCAAAUACAUUUGCAUGUCAAAUGAAGUUCGGAAAAUCCAGGACGCUCACCAUGCAUGUAUUUGUAAUGACAUAAAAGAGCGGGUAGUAGGAAAACGUCUUCCAAAACCGCAAUUUCAGGACGAAGACCUGAAGUGUGCUGUUGGUAAACUCCUCUGUCGCUCCUGUGGGUCUGAUCUUGGAAACGUAUCUAUAUACAAAAACGCACAAUUCCCAAUAUUGAAGAUAGAGAGGUUUUCGUUGGAGGAUAGUAUGGGAAGAAGAGAUGUUAAGAAGAGAUGGAAAAACGCUCCGUUUGAUGUGCCCUCCAUCACAGCGGAAGAUAUACUACAGAGGUCGCAAGGAGAGAAACUGAUUGAAAUGAUUUAACUCAGUUCUCCUGUAAAUUGAAAAGAGUAACUAAAACUCAGAUAUUCAUGAUUAAUAUGCAUGCGCUGUGAUUGUAAAAUGAAAUGUAAAGUGAAAUUAUUUAUUUAAAUUAUUGAGCAAAUUCGUCGAUAUUUGUGAAACAAACGUAAAAUAUAUACAAAUUCAUUUGGUACAUAUCUAUGCGACAACAUGACAUGUGCGUUCUGUAUUCGCUUUUCAAAUUUUGCUUCAGAUUGAAUCACUCAAGUACUAGUCCAUGUAUUACAUGCAAUGUAUUUAUCAGAUGAAGUAUGUGUAUGCAUACCCUUGAAUUCGACAAGGUAUUUGUAAAGUGUCUGUGAUAUACAUAACAUUUUAAAAAUAAAGUGCAGCAUUUGAA